AAAAAUUCAACUGUCAGCAGAGUGAAGUGAAGUGAAUUUUGCAAGUCCUACGGUAGUAAUUUGAGUUUUAUGGCGAUCAAACAUUUCCUUCGUAGGAACCUUGUGACUAUAGCAUUCCCAACAAUCGCUGCAACUCUCAUUUACUUGGACUGGAGUCACACUAGAACUUGGAAGUCACAACAAAAGCAGAAGUAAGAUGGCGAUCUUUGGCAUAACAACUCGUUAUGUCUGGUUUGCGGUGCCAUUGUCCGGCUUUUUCUUUGGUAAAUUUUUAGAUGAUCAAGAAACAUUGAGGAUGACUAGUUUCAGAGAUAAAUCAUGCUUGUACGGAGGCAGAGUGAAGGAAGGUGACCCACCAUCUUGGCCUUAAAUUAUUGAAACAGAAAGAUGUAGUUUAACUCUAAUAAAUACGGUAACA